GAACAACCACAACACUUGGUCCACUUGUCCCAUUUCAAGCCUUCAUAGUCCAAGGACUUCUAAAUUCACUUACAGAAUGUCGGAAGAGCAGCCCUGGCACGCCGCGUUCCCCAGCCCCCAGACCACAGACCCGGCAUCCCUCCCACGCCCAAUGCUGCUACAAUGGCUCCAGCCCGGCAGCAACAGGACACCCGGCGCAGACUUCCUGCUCGUCGACCUCCGCAGGACUGACUUCGAAGGUGGAACAAUCAAGGGCUCGCUCAAUCUGCCUGCGCAGAGUCUGUAUCCGACUCUGCCGACGUUGUUUAACCUCGUGAGGAGUGCGGGGGUGAAAGACGUAAUCUUCUAUUGUGGGUCUUCUCAAGGUCGCGGAACACGCGCGGCUGGGUGGUUUGCGGAUUACCUGCGGCAGCAGGGCGUUGAGGAGAGUGAGACCAAGAGUUGGAAGUUGGAGGGCGGGAUCAAAGGGUGGGUUAGGGAUGGGGAGAAGUAUACGGCAUUGAUGGAGGGAUAUGAUGGAGCUGUGUGGGAGAAAUAA